AUGUCGCGGCCAAGCAGCGGGCCAGACGUCGACACCAGACACGCAGUCCCUCCCCAUCUCGCCACCAUGAUUGGGACUCACGACAUGAUCCCAACCCCCAUUCGCUGCCUUACCGACCCCGAGGACCUGAAAUACACAGGUGCACCGCUGUCCGAAGACGACGACUCAGAUGCUACCGACCCAAUGCCUCAUCCACAGCAGCAACUGACCCGUCCCCGGUCGGCCACCGUCGGAUCUCGGAACGGGAAAGGUCGGGCAGUGUAUCUCGAGGUAGAAGAUGGCGAUGACGAUGACGAACAAGCCAAGAUGAUUUCGAGGCUUAGGUCUAGAUCCAGACCCAGGACGCAAUCGAGACACAGGACCAGGAGCAGGACCAGGAGCGUGACCAGUAGCAGCGGAGACGAUGAGACCUACGAACUUUCGACACCCCCGAGAUCCACUCCCUUAUAUCGAUCCAGGCCUACCUCGAGGAUUCCAUCACCGUCUUCAUCGAGAAGUUCAAGUGUUGACACCGAGUCAUCGGAUUCCACAGAGGAUGAAAGGCUUAAGCGCCGAGCCCGCAAAAGACCAGUCCAAGUCCCAGUAACCCCGCCUCCACCCCCGGUCGACCGGGUCUCCCGCCGACGACAACGAUCAAGACAUCGAGAAAGACCUGCCUAUGAAGAAGAUACCGAUGAAGAACCCGAAUACGAAACCACGCUCCGUCGUUUGCGAGAAAGGUCAAAAUCCGUGCCACGAUCAGGACACAUCGAGUCACGAAGCACGUCCCGGAUUCGUCCUCGUCAUCGAGACCAUUACGAUGAACCAGAGGCUAGUUCAUCGAGACGACCUCAUCGGAGGAGGCAUUACGAGUCUGAUGUGGGAUACACUGCGAAGCCCUCGCUUCCACGGGCGCACACUGCUCCCAAUUCACAUGUAGCGUCCCAGAGUAUGAGUUCCUCCUCAAUAUCUUCUCCAGCUUUUCUGAAUAGGUUUGUGGGUUCAGGACUCCAGUCGCCGCCCGACAAGCACUCGAAGAUGGUGGAAUGUGUUGUGUGCCUCGACGACCUACCGUCUUCGAAGACGGCCAAGCUGAAGUGCGGGCAUCGUAUGUGCAAGUCAUGCCUAAAGCGCAGCUUCAAGCUCUCCGUCAAAGACCCGGCGCAGAUGCCUCCGAAAUGCUGCACGUCGGAUUGCAUCCCGCUAAAGCACGUCGAUAACCUGUUCGACAUCGAUUUCAAGAAGACCUGGAACCGGAAGUUCCACGAAUUUUCUACUCGGAACCGUGUGUACUGCCCGGGUAAGAGAUGCGGCCGAUGGAUCAGACCAGACCAGAUCCAGCAACACCGCAAUGGCCGCAAGGUCGGUAGAUGCGGUAGCUGUCAUACUCGCGUAUGCUGCGACUGUAACAACAAAUGGCACGGCUCCGGCCCAUGUCCUGCUGACGAAGAGACGAACCAGAUUUUACAGCAGGCUAAGGAAGAGGGAUGGCAGCGUUGCUUCAACUGCAGAAAUAUGGUAGAACUAAAGGAAGGCUGUAAUCACAUGACUUGUCGUUGUGGUGCGGAAUUUUGCAUGAUUUGUGGCCUGAAGUGGAAGACCUGUGAAUGCCCGUGGUUCAACUAUGAUGGCGCCGACGCCGACGGGCUCGACCACAUGCAGAUUCCAGAACCGAUGAUAGACCGAGAGAGGUUAGGCCUCAGAAGUGCUCCACCUGCUCAGGGUUUUGCUCAGGCUUUUGAUGCUAGAAGACGCUCGCCUGGUAAUGGACUACGAACUCGACCAAGUCCCUACGAUGACGAGCUUCUCCGGAGGCGUCUUCAAGAACAGCGAGACGAAGAAUUGGCACGGCGGCUUCAGUUCGAGGACAGUGAAGAUGAAUAUAUGGAUCCCGCUGAUGACAUUAUGGGUCUCGGGAACACCACCGCCACCAACAACACGGCGCACUUCAACAUGAACAACCCCUAUAGGCGUCGAGCACAGACUGUAGUUGCGCCGCCAGCACCCGCGCCGCCACCAGUAGGACCAUUCGAAAGGACAGCAGGUUCGGUUGCAGACUAUGUCACCGGAGUGAACAGGGCACGCGGCCUUCGUGCCAGCUCGUUGGAACGCCGUCUCGCCGACCGGUUCGAACAGCGCCAAAACCCCAGCCCGGCUCCUCAAGGCUUCGGACAGAGCAUACCGCCUCCCCCGGCCCCUCCCCGAGCGAUGGGCCCGCCACCGCUACCGCCUCAAGCCCCUUUAACGACACCUCCUAUGAUGCGUAGACACACCGUGGACGAUGAAGACUUAUACGAGAUUCCACGGGCUAGUCGAAUUCCCGAACGGAUGCUCCCCAGGCGAGCUGCGACGCGCGGCUACAUGGACGACUCGGCUCUGUACGAGCCCGGACCCCGGGUGCGGCACCGCCAGCGAGCCGCGUCGACAUCGCCCAAGGACUCCGUUCUCGCCGGCCUCACCGGGCCCGGACGCGGCAUGCACCGCGUAUACGAAUGGGUUGAGCACGUCGAGCAGGACCCGCACACACUCGCUACGUAG